UACAACCUCUAUAACUUCAUUUAGCCACAUGUUAGCAACCGUCUAUUUUAAGACGUGUAAGAGGUUAAAAAAGGACUGGGGUGUUUACUGACGUAUUUUAUGUAGGAGACUUAAACGUGAAAAUGUCUUGGGCUUGUGUUAUUCACAGACUAUAUUUUAGUCAUCUAACCAAAAAACAAAUUCAGGAAACCCAUCGACUUUUGGUGCAAAGAUGCUAACUUAUAACUGUGCAGCACACAGUUCAACUUCCUAGCGGUUGAAAGGGAGUGAAAAUGUCUACCGGACUAAGUACAUAGUGGUGGAUGGACAGUUUGGUUUCGAGUGUGUAGUGUUCAGUGGUCGUAAUGCAGCGGAGUAAAGCGUCUGUGAGUGUGGAGGUGAAGCAGGUGAUAGGAGCUCUGUGCAGACUGCUAACGGCCACCGGUCUGGAGGCUGUCCCCGCACCGGAGACAUUCAGACGGGCUAAAUUCGGUGGAAACGAGGUGGAAGGUCAAUUUUGGCAGCUCCUUGCCAACAUCCUUCAGAGGACUGACAUUGUUUCCUCUGAAGCCAGCGCACAGCCUAGAGGAGACUUGGAGCUCAGGAAGCUGGUGGCUGCUGGCCUGUGGCAGACUGGUUGCCAUGCUGACUGGAUGUAUGGGAGUGAGGGAGGAGAGGAGGGAAGGAGUUUCUCCAGCAGAGAUCUCCUCCUAGCUCUAGGCUGGUUGCUCGCUACAGGAGCAAUAGAGAAACUGCUGACACAGCGAGUGCAACAACUAGACAAAACACUACUUGCAUCUAUACCUGUGAACACUCAGGUCUCUCAUGAGCUCCAGUUAGACUCGGCCUCCCUGCGGAGACUUCAGUGGCUCGUCGGCUGUCUGAGACACCAAGGGCGGAUCCUGCUGUGCAUGCUAGAGGAGCGGACUCGGUUGCUUCAUGCUGUUUUUUCUGCCAGUCUCCCCUCCACUGUAUCUGCCUCCUCUGAUCGAAGCUCUACAGCGAUGAACGGUGACUGUGUGCGUAUGCAGCAGCUCUCUGACCUCCUAGAAGCAUAUCUGAACUGGAAACAGGUGGAGAAAGUCUUCUGGACCUGGAUGGACAGUGUGAUGGACUGCCAUCUGAAAGAUCCUGUUGUCAAGAAGCCAACACAUACACCCAACGUGUGUCACCAUGGAAACGAGGGGCUUGAGAAAUUGGAUGACAUGCUAUUGAGACUGCCCACAACAAAGAAAGGACAGAGGAGAGAAGGAGGGGAUACUGAGGACAGAGGAGUCUUUCCUCUCCCCUCCCUGCCUUCCCUCCUCCAGGCCCACCGAGUCAGGCUCCAGGUUGAGAGGCCUGUCAGACACAGCAGCUACCCAGCAGAGAGGCACCGUGGCAGGGCUGAGGCUCCACAUGAACUCCCAGCGUCUCAGGCUGCACAGCUGCUUCUUCAGACAGAGGCUCUGCUGCUGGAGAGGAGGGACAAGCAGAGACUUGCCAACAGGAUGCAGCUGCAGGAAAUGAUUGGUGGACUGGAUGAAGUGGUGUUGAUACCACCGUAGAUUUUUAUUUUUUAAUUGGACAAUUAAAUUUUGCAAUAGUACAUGAGAUGCUCUUGUCAAAUUUAUAAGGACCUGUCUAUGAGACAGUGUCUAUGCUUCUAACGUUCUCUCUGAGUGAUCGUUUUACAUGUAACUAGAGACAAAAUCACAGCUCUUAUAAAAUAAGGAUUUUAGCGACAGAGCAGCAGCUUCAAAGUGACUGCUGGUUAACUUUUCUCUUAAUGGACCAUGUUAUGGUGCAUAAUACAUUCACACACCCAUAUCAAAAAAUUUAACUUGAAUACAACUGUUACAGCUUCGAUGUGCCUCAAUCUUAUUUUACGCAUCACAAAUUAAGAAACUCAUCAGCUCACAUGUUCGGAAUAACUUGAGAGAACUUCUGUUGUGAUUUGGGGCUAUUUAAAAAAAAAUUGACUUGACUUUUUCUAGAGUUGCUGCAGUGAAAUGAGGUGCAGAACACAUUCACACACCUGUAUCAAAUAAUGUGAAGUUAUGGACAAAAAUGUGCACAUCUGCAAAUUGGGAUGUGAAUUCAUGCAAUGAGAGUUGCACACCUGUGGAAUAUUUUCUCUCAAAUGCAGACACUUACAUCCAGAUUUUUGGUUGGAGUGUGUAAAAGAAGAAGAGAGAUUAUUAGAAUAAUAAAUUCAAACACAAGCUACAGUGA